UGCUGCUGUGCCGCUGCUGCUGCUGCUGCUGCUGCUGCUACGGCUGCAGCCUUGACCGGGGUGCUUGGACUUGCGUUUCCACUGUUGUCCGAGGCGAGCGGACUCCGCUCGGCGCUACCUUGUGCGACCUGGCCGUCAGCUCCACGUCGCCGGCCUGGCGGGGCGAAGAAGACGAGGGGGCCAAGGCUUCCUCCGGGGACGUUGGCUCUCUGGACUAUCAGGAGCUGGCAGUUGACAUUGAGUCCACGCUGAGGAUGGAAGGUGUGGAACUUAAGGAAGAAUGGCAAGACGAAGAUUUUCCAGUACCUUUACCAGAAGAUGAUAGUAUUGAAGCAGAUAUAUUAGCUGUAACUGGACCAGAGAGCGAGCCUGGCCCACUAGAAGUUAAUGGAAAUAAAGUAAAAAAGAAACUAAUGGCUCCAGACAUUAGCCUGACCCUGGACCCUAGUGAUGGCUCUGUGCUGUCAGAUGACUUGGAUGAAAGUGCGGAGAUCGACUUAGAUGGCUUAGACACGCCGUCGGAGAACAGCAAUGAGUUUGAGUGGGAAGAUGAUCUUCCAAAACCCAAAACUACUGAAGUGAUUAGAAAAGGCUCGAUUACGGAAUACACAGCAACAGAGGAAAAAGAAGAUGGACGACGCUGGCGGAUGUUCAGGAUCGGAGAACAGGACCACAGAGUUGAUAUGAAGGCAAUUGAACCCUAUAAAAAGGUUAUCAGUCAUGGAGGAUAUUAUGGGGAUGGAUUAAAUGCCAUUGUUGUGUUUGCUGUCUGUUUUAUGCCUGAAAGUGGUCAACCAAACUAUAGAUACCUGAUGGACAAUCUUUUUAAGUAUGUUAUUGGCACUUUGGAGCUGUUAGUAGCAGAAAACUACAUGAUAGUGUAUUUAAAUGGUGCAACAACUCGAAGAAAAAUGCCCAGUCUGGGAUGGCUCAGGAAAUGCUAUCAGCAAAUUGAUAGAAGGUUACGGAAAAACCUAAAAUCUCUAAUCAUUGUACAUCCCUCCUGGUUUAUCAGAACACUUCUGGCUGUUACAAGACCAUUUAUUAGCUCAAAAUUCAGCCAAAAAAUUAGAUACGUCUUUAAUUUGGCAGAACUAGCGGAACUUGUCCCCAUGGAAUAUGUUGGCAUACCAGAUUGCAUAAAACAGUAUGAAGAAGAAAAGUUAAAAAAGAAACAAAAAAGAGUUGAUCAAGAGCUUAAUGGAAAACAAGAUGAACCAAAAAGUGAACAGUAAGUUUGGCAUCUAGCCCAAACAAGACUGAAGAAUGUACUGAUGAAGCAAUGCUCUUUUUUGCAUUUAUAAUGCAUUUAUUGGCCAUGAUUUUUAUGUAACCUGUUAAAAAAUUGACUUGACUUUUUUCUCAGUGGACUUUUGUAUAAGGGACUGUUCACUGCUGUAUUGGUGUUUGCAAAUCUCUUGAAUUUAGCUCUUUACUAGCUAAUUGUAUUGUAAUCAUUUUAUAUUUUGUAUUGCUAAAAGUAGAGAACCACACUUAUACUGCUUAUAUAAAGCAGUUUUUGCAUUUGUUUAUUGAACAGUGCAUCUUCUUCAGUAAAAUAUUUAUAUGCCUAAUUGGUAAAGGAAAGAGAUAAUAUAUAUUUUUAUGUUCUGAGCAAUAUUUUUUAUGUAUACCUGUCUUGUAGAAGAAUGUACAGGUAAAUAAGAAUAUGAUUUUGUAAAGUGCAUGUUGGAGUUUUUGUAUUUUGUACAUGGUUAUCUACAUUUCCUGGCUAACUUAAAAAUCAAAGUGUCUCAUAAGGUGAGGGACAGUUCAACUGGUUGUCAUGAAUACCCAAAGGUCAUGUACAUAAUCUAAGUAGAUUAGUAUCAUCCUAAGCUUUUUUUUAUCACUUACAAUAUAUUUUUCCUUACUUCAGAAGCACAAAUAAAAGUGCAUUGCACACUUUUUUUUAAAACUUAAACUUAAAAAGCCAGUUGUAGAACUAGAGAAUUUAAGAGGCUAAGAAUUGAGGUAUAUAAGAAUAUAUGUAUAUGUGGGACAUUUUAUCCUCUGGCCAAAAGUCAAACCUUUAUAAAAAUCUUUGAUUUGUUCACUAAUGUGAAAUAAGCUGUAUCCAGGGUAUCACUCUCCUGAAGCUGUGUGAGUGCAGUGUACUAUUUGGAGAAUGUGUUGAGUUAUUCACUGUCAUUACUUUUCUGUAGGAAACAGGAGCUGCUUUAUUACGUGCUCUCAAUAUGGGCACUUUACCAAAAUACUCGCCUAUCGAUUAUUUGAACUUGAUAGGUGUUUGACCUAGUCAGAUGUGGUGCGUUAUUUUCUAGAUCUUAGAACAUCAUCGUAUUGUACUAUUUUGGGUGACACAUUUGAUACAGCAUAUAAACUCCUUGUUUAAUUUAAUAAGUACCUUGACUCUACAUUGAAAUAAAUUGUACUUAUGCCCCCAAACAAAUAAAUUUAUCCACACAAUCAUCCUAAGAGAACCAAUUGGUCUAAUAUUGUGUCAUAUACUUGUGUGACUCAUACACAUUUGGUAAACUUUGUACCCUUCUAUUUGACAGUCACACCACAUUCCAGCCCUUCUUAUGAGGUAGUUUACAAAAGAGUGUCCUGGAAGAGCAAAAUUAAUAGUGAAUGAGAGCUUAGCUUUUAAGAUUUAUUUUAUCCUGGACUGAAGAAGACACAUGUGGAUUUUAGCAUUGCCAUUUUUAGUGUAAAGUUUUGUCUUCUUCAGGCAUAAACUUGGCAUGCUGACUUAAGUCCAGUUAUGGGAGAUGCUGGAGGAUGAGAUGCUCCUCAGCCCCUCCUGACUUAACUUGGGUCCAGCUACACGCAGAUCCUGAACUAAUGUCAUAGUGAAUAAAGUCCAAAGCGCUAUUGCUUGCCCAGGUGUUGGAAACACUGUGUACUGAAAAAGUAAAUUAACAAUAACUUAGGCAUCCCUUCUGACCUCACCAUAUGAGGACUAUGAAUGAAUGAAUUAAAUAAGAAUUUAGUUGUAAUUAGAGUCUGUAUUUGUGGAGCACUUUAAGUAGCCUUUUAUCUAAGUCUUCAUCUUGCUCAGAGUUAGCUAAACUUUAUUAAACGGGUGGUUUUGCUCUACAUCAAGUACCCAGUUCUUCUAUUUCAACACUUCGUGUCUAUUUACUUUUCCUUUUGCAAGCAUUGUUCCCAACUACAGAUACAACUUGUUUCAAAAAAUGGCAGUUUUCUAACAUUUUUUAGAAGUAGAAUUAGUCUAUAUUCCAUUAGAACAUUAAAAUUCAUAGGGAACAGUGCUACCAGUGGGAUGUAUCGAAAGAUUCACAGGGUACCUGCUCUAGCCUACACCUUAACAGAAUCUGCCAUAGGGACAUGCCCCGUAGUGAAUGUUACAUAGUUAUAAGACUUAAGAUCAUAACUAGUAGGUUAGAAGAAAGCAUUUAUUUGAGUUUGUUAUUUGUAGCUCUGUGACAUUUUCUCCCAUGUUAUUCUAUUUUAAUUUUCCACUACGGAUUGAGGUCAAAGUACAUGUAUUUCUAUUAUCUUUCUGCUGGGGUCAUCAAUUUAACUUAACUAGUGUAAUCUGAUGCACCUUUCACUUUUGUUUGUUAUACUUGGGCUCUAUGUGCCUCUUUUUAGUCAGUAGUUUUUCAAAUAAAGUUAUUUGUGUUCUGCUUGGUUAUACAUGUUCCUAAGGAGCACCAGGGAAAGAUGCUAAAUUGACCCCAUAGUUUAAGCUUAAUGGUUUGUAACUUGGGGCUGGGUCGGGGGUGCAGAUAAUAAAGAAAUAUGACUCUGAAGUAGUGAGUAGCAGGUAGUUGGAAAGGAAGAUAACAAAACAAGGAACUAAGAAAGAAAACUAGAGGGGUAAAGAAUUAGCUGUUACCUAAGAUGCCACUAAAUGUGUCCCUGCUACAUUAAGUACUGUGCAUGGCAGCUGUUGGUACCAUUUCUUGUAUCCAGCAGGAAAACCUAUAGUCUAGAAGCAGAAUAUAUGAAGGGGGAAUGGCUGAUAAUACCUAUAAUGAGAAUGCAUAUUCUCCUCUGCUCUUUGUCUCUUCAUAUGAAAGCAAGCUUGAACAGACAGCAGUUAUAGUGCACAAAUUAAAGUUUAGGACUAGGUGUUUUCAUACUUCAUCAUUGGUAAAUAUUAAUCUAGUCUUCCCAAAAUAGAUAUCACUGUUUAGUAACUGAAUACUGAAAUCUGCUGAUUGACAAGUGUAUUUUAGCAGCUAGAAUUUCUUCAACAGCAAUUCCAGAAUUUAAAAAGGUAAGGGAUCUGGUUUCUGAUAGAGACUUUGUAAAUGAUUAUAUAGCAGUACUGUUCAGCUGUUUUUAUUUGAGUGCUCAGGGAAUUUGAAAGUGUUUAAUGCAAGAAGUAGCUUUUUAGAUUUUUUUCAGUUGAUAGAUAAAUUAGCAUUAGGAUAUAUCAAGUAGAACAGGCCAGUUUCCUGAUGAGACUGGUAGGCAAGAUUGUACAUAACAUGACAACGGCUUCACCUUUCCUUUUCCUGUGUUAUGUGUGAAAAAUUGCUAACAUUGCUCAAUCAGAAGGGCAGAGGGGAUAGGCUAAAAAUAGAGAUUUCUACCCCAUUCUAUUUUCACGCCUAUGUUUUUCCUGUCAUACUUAGAAUUUUGCAAAAUGGAUCACAGAUCUCAGAAGGAUGGGAUGAGUAGAGGAAUUAAUAUACUUACAAGUUAGACCAAGUAUUCUGUUAGAAUUUAUCUUGUCAUAGAAAACAGGAAUUGUGUAAUUUAAGUCACUGUGAGAGAGUCAAGAAUUUAAACUUGCAUAGGAAAGUCAGCAGGUUAGGGAAGCGGGAGAUUAUCUACUCAGUGUUCUUAGUUCAGAAGAACUAACCCACAGAGCUUUUUAUUCCUUUUUUUCUGUCCCAGGAUUCUGAGUAAAUUAGAGUCUGAUCAGUGGUGAGUCCCUUGUGUAACUUUCCUUUAAAAGUUCUAAAUGGUCACUGAAAUAAGGUGAUGUGUUGAACAGUAAGGACUGACACUAAAAUUUGAACAGAACUGUUACUUUGUUGUAACUGUGUAUGAUAGAUCCACUUAAUUUUUUAUAUUUUGAGAACUACUUUAAAAAGCUAUGAAAAGUUCACAUAAAGCACUUAACAAACACCAGAUGAAAAUCAAGGUUUAAUGCUUUCAGAUUAAUAAAGAAUUAAGUAAGCUGUUUGCUUCUGAUUCUGUCUUAAUAAGACUAUAUAAGAAGACAUUUGCAUUUUUGAAAUUUUGUUUCCAUAUUCCAUGUGGCUAAGGAGGAACUUCGAAAAUAAUACUAACUAGCUAUACCACUGCACUUUUUGUACACAGGCUUUCUAAAAUUAUGUCCCUUAAAUGGUUUCUUUACAUACACCUAGCUAGUAAAUAUUGAUGGUGUUCCACGGCCAUUGACUUGCACAGCCCUUGGGGCAUCAUUCAAAUAGAACACAAUUCAGAGUUUGUUCAAUACUAUAACACUUUGAUAAAUAUUUCAAAAAUUCAAAUAUUUUCUUAGCAUUGGUUCACAUGUUGCCAUUAGACAAAAUUAAUGUACUGUGAUCAUUACUACUAUUGAGAUGAUGUUGCCUCAUUUAGUGCUUUCAUUUUACAGUGUGAGAAAUUCAGUUCUGAUGAGUGUGUGUAAGAUGUUUAUGUGGUCCCUGUAAGAAAUACUAGAGUUGGUCUUGAUUUACUAGAUGUAAUAUUUUAUUUUCCUCUGACUUGUUAGGAAUACAGUAACUUGUGUCCUGAUCUGUUGCACAUCGUAUUUUUGCAACGUUAAUGAAUUUAAAUAAAUUAAU